GCUUCCGUCCCAAAGGCCAUGGGGUAGGGUACGAAGAACAACUCAUCAACUCCCUUUCCGUGAGGUGAGCGAAGUACCGGUAGCAUAGCAUCCUAGAAUCCAGGACAGCAGAACCCCAUGGGCCCAUGUUUGUCCAUCGCACUGAAGAAUAGAAUAGUUACAUAGCUGAUAUUACCCAAAGGUCCAAGGUACUAGUAUCAGUGUUAGUCCAUGCCGAGCUGGCUAGCUAGCUAGAGAUGAACAGCAGCAACAACCACCCUCCCGUUUCUUCCGACUUGUCGUCGUCGGACCGACAUGGCCUGUCGAACAGCGGAACUAGUACAUCGACCAGCACUCGGUCGUCGAGACGAUUGUUGGCGAAGGAUUUGCGUGGCUCGGAAGUGCAAGUGUAUCGGUCCAAUUCGGCCGCGGGCAUCAAUCCAUUGGAUUUCACCAUUGACAAGUUACGCUUCUCCUCGUUGGGACGCCUCUAUGGUCGGGAAGAGGAAGUAGCCGAACUCAAAGCGGUAAUCGCUGAACAGAUGGAACGACUAGCCAAGUUUGAAGAGCAGCAGAAAAAACUGUUGGAGAAAGAACUGCAAGAAUCAUUACUCGACAAAAAUCCCAGCAACAAGGCAAAGCAUGAUGAUGACAAUAAUUCAGCCGGCAAUAAUAAGGAUUCCAAUAGCGAACAACAACAACCAGGCAAUCUUAGUGCCAUUCAAGAGAGCGAAGAAAUGAUGACUGGCUCGUCUGAUGAUAAAGAUGAUUCCAAGCCACACAAAAGUCUCGUUUGUGUCAGUGGCUCUGCAGGAAGUGGCAAAUCGGUCCUUGCCAUGAAAACCCUCUCCAUGGUGCGAGGACACCGCGGUUUUUUCCUUUCUGGAAAGUUUCAUUGGGGAGACACAACCAGACCGUUGGAGGCUAUUGCCAAUGCCUUUGACUCUCUCUGCGAUGAUCUUGCUCUCUACAAAAGCCAACAAACCACGCCAGAAACGGGGUGCAACCGAUGGCUCUUCUCCUUUUCGGAGUUUAAGAAACAGCUCACAGAGACGUUUGAUGCCGAAGAGCUGGAGUUGCUCCAUAGGAUCAUUCCCCAUUUGAGAUCUGUAGUGGAAGUGGCGGAUCCCAUCAUCACCGAGCCAAUAAUACACGAGGGGAGAGGGGUGUCAGACACGGAUUAUGUGGGAUCUGAGCUACGCCUCAGGAUUACCUUGAAACGCUUUGUCAAACUGUUUUGUUCUUUGGGUCCUCUCGUUAUUGUUCUGGAUGACUGUCAGUGGAUCGAUCGACCUUCUUUGGAGCUCUUGGAAUCGCUCAUCAGGGACCACGAGAUUGCCCCCAUCACUGUCAUUGCCAACUACCGCGACAAUGAAGUAGACGAUCAACACAUUUUCCAAAAGGCUGUCAAGGGCUUGGAAAGUGACGAAGGGUUGUCAUUAUCGGUUCAUAGGAUGCAAGCCAAACCCCUGGAAGUGGAUGACAUUUGCGCCUUGUUGGAGGAUUUGAUCGAUGCGGCACCAGACGAUACAAGACCAUUGGCACAGUGCAUCAAGAGCAAGACGGACGGAAAUGCUCUCUAUGUGCGCGAGUUUUUGCUGUCUCUGCAUCGAGAUGAAUUACUGACGUUUGAGUUUCGUGCCAUGCGAUGGGAAUGGGACGUGGAGAAUAUCAAAGUGUCUGCUCGAGUCACCGACAACGUUGUGAACUUGAUCAAUUACAAAAUCAAAGAGCUUCCAGCACUCUUUUCUCGAUUGUUGCCGCAGAUAGCAUGCUUGGGAUGUCGGUUUCCCAUCCCCGCGUUUGACGCUGUGGUGAACAAUUGCGUGUCGGAACUCGAGGCCGAGGUGGCAGAGAGUUACUUGAGGUCCAUUUGUCGCCACCAAGAAAACGAGGAUAGUGGACACAUGGACGCAAGUGCAGCGGAAACGACUACAUCGACAAGUGAGACAAUCCUUCUAGUAUGUGAGAAAAUUGGUUUGGUUUCGAGUUGUGGACUACAAAGUCGGUACUAUCAAUGGGAACACGACAACAUACAGCAAGCUGCUCUUUGUUUCGUACCCGAGGAAGAAUCCCUCGCAUUCCAAUUUGAAGUUGGAAAGUUACUUUUCAACAGCUUGAAGGAAGAGCACUUGAUGGAAGUUCUCUUCGUGGUAACGAGCCUGUUGAACUCCGACCAAGAAGCUCUCACGAAGGAGGAUGACAGUUUACGCAUUCAAAUCGCAGAAUUGAACUGUCGAUUCUGUGUCGCAGCCUUCUAUGCAUCAGCUUUUGAGUCUGCAGCUGUGUAUUCAAGGAAAGGUAUCGAGCUUCUGCCUGUGGACAAGUUUGACAAACACUACGACCUCGCUCUCGAUUUGUACGAAAUAGCAGCAGAGGCUCAUUUCAGCACAGGGGACUACACCAACGCAAUGCUCUUCGCCGACGAAGUUGUCGAGCUCCCGCUUAUCCCGCUUCUUCACAAGCGACGCGUCUACAAAGCAAAACUCCUGUCACUUGGGGGGCUCGGGCGUGUGGCUGAAGCAAAAGAUCUGUGUGUUCAGGUGCUGCAAAUGCUCGGGUGCAGAUUUCCCCGAAAAAUGAAAUCCAUACAUAUCCUUGCCGGCGUGAUCAAGUUGCAGAGUACGGUUGAGAGUAUGGCCAAGAAGAUCGAUAAUGCGAAGAGGCUAGAGGACGAACAGAAAGUAUGGGUACACGACCUGUUGGACAGGUUGGUGACGUACAGCUUUCAAGCUGGGGACACUGAUUUGCUUUCCCUGACAAUGCUCAAGGGGCUCAGCCUGACUGCCAAGUGGGGUAUCUCGGAUAAGAGUGGUCCGCUACUUGCAUCUGGGGGGUUGCUCCUGGCGAUUUUGGGUAAUUUUGCCGGUGCUAAAAAGCUUGCGGACUUGGCCAUGAAGCAUGCCAACAAUGGCACUGACGCCAGAACACGUCUGGUCGCGUACCGUCACGUAUUGCAUUACCAGGUCGCUCUUCCCGCAUGCAAAAAGGCCCUAAUGGAUGGGUACCGUUCUGGUUUGCGGCAAGGAGAUAUUGAGUCAGCGCUGUGGAAUAUUUACGGGCACUGCGAUGACCAGUUUACAACUGGGGCCAAGCUGUCAAUUGUCAUCAAGGACUUUGAGAUGUACACUAGGCAAGCUCUACAAUACAAUCACGUGAUGACCGGUCGAUGCUUCAAGAUCGCAUGGCAGUUCUGUGUCAACCUGCGUCAACACGGUAUUGCACGAGAGAUGCUCACCGGCGAGAUCAUGGACGAAAAAGAGAUGAUCGCGGAAAUAGAAAGGGACAAGAGUGACGGCCAAACUUUAAUCAAUCUCAUGCGAUGGAAAAUCCAUGGGUGCUUCUGGUUCAGGGACUACGAAGAAGCAGUUCGAAUAAUUCAAGAGAUGAACUUCCACAAGAAGGCUUUCGAAGACGCACUCCCCGGACUCGGCUGCACAGCGAGCUUGUACCUGCAUUGCGCCCUGUCUUGUAUCUCAAUAGCACGAACCAACAAAAGUGAAAGGCAGCACUUGUUGAAAAUGAGCAAGUUCUUCCUGUCCCGCUUGAAGGAAUGGAACAAGAAAGGCAAUCCCAACACGCUGCAUUACCAGCCUCUGGUUGAAGCAGAAUUGCUGACGUUCAAAGCCGAUGAUGGUGAAGCCAAGCGAAAGUUCGACAGCUCGAUUCACAUGGCUGGACGACUAGGCCUCGUUCAAGACCAAGCCAUAGCUCAUGAAAGACUUGGCGAUCAUUGUCUGAGACUUGGGUACCAGAACGAUGCAAGAUAUCAUUUUGACUCUGCGUUGGAGCUCUUUAAGUACUGGGGAGCUGACGCAAGGGCAGAUCUCCUUGCCAGUGAUGUAUCUGAUGCGGCUCCAGCGAAGGAAGUCGUGGCGAAGCAAGAUUUGCAUGACGAUGCCAGUGCCCUCACCACUGAAAUGAGUGGUUUUAGUAAGAAACUCAGUUGGCCGCAGGCAACAGGAGAUUCCAGCGACUGCAAGAGCUAAGCUUUAGUCUAUGACUUAUAAGUUAAUUCAACUGUAGUUCCUGUCAUUGCCCUUC